AUGAGAAAUUGCUACGAUGUGUUAGGUUGUUCAUCAGAAGCUUCUUAUAGUGAACUGAAAGAAGCUUAUUUUUGUAAGCUGCGCACCAGUCAUCCGGAUAAGGGUGGUUCCAGCUUGGCGUUAUUUCUGGUGACGAAGGCGUGGUCUGUCCUAAAGAACGAGAACACGCGUCGAGAUUACAAUAUUUGGUUGAGAGAACAGUUGCUACGUGAAGAUCAAGGUAUUAUUGGGCAACAGAUUGUUAUCGAUAAUACUGUUGAACGGAUUGAGGAGUUUUGCAGUUGCGGUGGUGGAUAUAUUCUUGAAAAGACAGAUAUUGAUCGUAUUGUUAAUUCUGCAUAUUUUGAAUGUCCAAAUUGUUCGUUAUGUCUGGAAGUCGUCGUCCUUGGAAGUAGUGGUGUCGGAAAAAGUUCAUUUGUCAACGCCGUUUGCAACAGGCAUGAUAUAAUUCCUAGUAGUACGGUUGGUUGUGCUGUUUCUGUAAUCGCUCACCAAUAUCGUGCUGGAAGUACCGACGAGCAAACAGAGCUUAUUGAACUCUGGGAUAUCGGUGGUUCCACAGUUCAUCAAAAAGCAUCUGUUAAUUUCUUUGAAGGAGCUACAGGUGCGAUAUUAGUACACGAUUUGAGCAAUAAGAAAAGUGAAUCAAAUCUUUCGCAGUGGGUUGCGUUACUUCGUGGCGAAUCAUCGUUACCUUCUGUGAUCUCAUCGUUCACAUCUUCAUCCAGUUCACGAUUUUUGUUAAGCGAUAUUGAAAGUAUCGCAAUGCCGACUUUGAUUGUUGGCUGUAAAUCUGAUUUAGCACCUGAACGAGCUAAGCAGACAGCAUAUGAUCGAAUCUUUUUAAAUUGUCAGCGUCCAAUUUCACCUGGCUCCACUAAUCGAAUUAUCUUAUCGAAAUUUUUUGAUUCAGUUGUUGAGCGUAAAAAAGUGCCUGGAGCUGGAGAUAAGCGGCGUAGGACCAUUAUCACUUAG